UAAGUACCCAUUACACAGUAUAUGCCAUUUCCCUAUACGUAAGGAUUAUGGAAAAUCUUCGGGAGGUUAUUGAACUUCCGGGCUCAUUAGUAAACACUUCAGACGAGAACAAGGGCCGACAAAUCGGAUGCCAAGAGCGCGAGUGCAAGGAUCAAGACAGCUCAGCUUGUAUCUCCUCCCCGCAUCGGUGCUCAUCCUGGCUUUCCUGUUGAGUUCAUCAAUCCCGCUGGCUCGCAGCUUGCCAUUUCUAUCCAACAUCAGAAGCUACUCGCACCUGUUCAGGUCACAUCCGCCAUUUUCCAGCAUGCCGCAAGCGCCGGUGUACUUCUUUAGCCACGGAGGGCCAGAUGUGCAGUACAAUAAGACACACCCCGUCUAUCCCGUUCUCCAGGCAAUCGGCAAAGAGAUCACCCAGAAAGUCAAGCCCAAGGCCGUGAUGGUCUUCUCAGCCCAUUGGCAGGCCGAGCCCAGCGAGAUUCACCUCAAUAAUGCCGAAGACACCGACCUCAUCUACGACUUCUAUGGCUUCCCGCCGGAGUUCUACAAGGCCACCUUCCCCAGCAAAGGCAGCCCGACGCUGGCCGCCCGCAUCCUGACCCUGCUCUCCGACGCGGGCAUCAAGGCCAAGGGCCUCAAGCGCGGGCUCGACCACGGCGUCUUCUCGGGCUUCAACGUGGCCUUCAACCCGGAGGAAAACCCGCUCAACUGUCCACUCGUGCAGGUGUCCCUGUUCAACAACGAAGACCCAGACGCGCACUACCGCCUCGGUCAGGCCGUCGCACCGCUCCGCGAGGAGAACAUCCUCAUCGUCGGCACGGGCAUGACGGUCCACAACCUGCGCGACAUGCGCUUCGCCUGGGGCAGCCCCACCCCGCUGCCGUAUGUCGUGUCGUUUGAUAACGCGCUCAAGGAAGCUGUCGAGGCGGAUCCCAAGAUCAGGCAGGAGCGCAUGGCGGCUGUGACCCGGCGGCCGGACGCCAAACAGGCUCAUCCCUGGGCUGAUCACUUGAUGCCCGUUUACGUCGCGGCUGGUGCGGCGGGUAAUGAUAAGGGCAUUCAGACGUGGACGUUGCAUGAGGCAAGCUUCGCCUGGGGGCAGUACCGGUUUGGUGAUGUUCCCGCGUGAGGUCAGUAGCGCAGCAGGGUGAUGUUAGUGUCUUGCAAGAAUCAGUUGCAAAUAGCUACAAUGUCCGGUCUAUAAACCAUUCUCCGCCAAGACGGCGCAUUAUUUCCAGUUAUUGUCUUUGCCCCUUUUCCUAGACCAUGUAGCAACCUUGCCUCCAGCAUUCGGCCACCUCCGUACAGAGUAUACAGAGCGAACUCCGACAUCCUCCUUCACAUCUGUCCACC